CUUUUGGGUUUUGAUUCGCUGCAUAUUUUGUUUUUGAAUUGUGCUUGCAACUUGAGAUGGCAAAUGGUAUUAAUGCAGCUAUCGAUAAUACGAUUAAUGCCAGUGUGUACACAAUUUUGACAUUGGUAUUAAUUAAAAACCUAACGGCUGGACAGGAUAAUUGCGCCACGAUUUUAACAAUUUUUAUUGAUUAGCCAUGAACGAGUCGGGAUAUAGAAACAACCGUAAAUACCGCUUGGCUGAUAUGCAGCCUACAAUGACAAGCUUCAGUACCGUGGCACUUAUCAUAGCCAAAUCUGAGCCAAAUGUAUUUCUGGACAAGAUAAACAAUGAGCAACGAGGCGUCAUUAGCUUCACAUUGCGCGACUCGAAACGCGACAUAGCCAACUGCAAGUGCUGGGGCACCAGAGCGUGCGUGGAUGAGUAUGUAAACAUGCUGCAAAUAGGGGAUGUGGUGGACAUUAUGAACGCCAAAGUGAUGGCCUUAUCGACCCCCCAUGUGCUCGGCGCAAUCGAGCAGCAUCGCUAUCAGCCACGUGGCACCCUUUCCUGUGCGCUGGUCGUGAACGAGGGUCAGGGCCAUCUACUAAAGCACAGCAUCGAUGAUACGGCUGUUGUGCAGCCAUUACUCCAGCUAAUACAUCUAUCCCACAAGCCACUGAGUGCCGUCUUAAAGCUCUCCGAUGUGCGAUGUGCUGCUCCAGGUGCGGAGCAACGUCCAGCUGUAUAUGUAGAUCUGCUCGUAGUGGUUGCAACGGUGCGUCCGGUGCGGGAGCUGAAAAGGAAAGUGGCUCGCCUGGGCAACGGGCUGCUGCAGUGCCUCGAGCUGGUGGUGAUCGAUGACAGCUGUGCGGAUGGCAUGGUAUUCACGCUCUGGCACAAAGAUUGGAUACGUCGCGCCCAACACUGGCAGCCACGCAAGACCAUACUGCAUCUAAUAGACGUGCGUCUGUCGCACUCACAGUUCUAUGGCUGCCCUGUGCUCAGCCACGCCAGCUGUACGCUAAUCUAUGAGCAGCCACAGCUACACAGCCCAGAAUGCCAGGCACUGCUUGCAUUUGCAGCCAGCACGCCGCUCAAAAGCUUUGAUAUGUUCGCGCAAAUAGAUAUGGAGCAGCUGCCAGCAGCCGAUCACAUCCAAACCCAGAUGAGCGUGCGUCAGAUCUAUGAACGAGCCGAGGGCAACCUGCAGGAUGUGACAACCGAACAGUUUACGGCUGUGCUCUAUGGCAUGGUCAGCAAGUUCGACAUUGAUGGCCUGGCCACGAGCAUCAGCAAGAAGUGCAAGUCCUGCCAGCGACUCAUACCAAGCAGCCGCAACGAUUGCGACAAUGAAAGCUGUCUGCUGGAGUUCUCUUUAUGCUACAGCGGUCCACGCUUCGAGCACUUCUUCAACAUCAACAUCCAUCUGUCUGAUCAGACGGGCACGCUGAUCGAGACGCGCCUGAGCGGCGGUAUAGCAGAGCGUUUGCUGGGCUUGACAGCGGAUGCCUUUCAGCUGCUGUCGGAGCGCAGGAAAACGGAGCUGAAAUGGCGAUUCCUCUUGAAAUACUUUGAAGUGAAACUGCUAAUCAGGAAGCCAGCGGCCAUGCGCAAGGAUCUGGCCGUGAUAGUCGUGGAUAUGGAACUCAUUCAGCUGGAUAGGCUUAUAGAGAAGAUAACUGUUUUCUAAGCAACAGAGAUCAAGCAAUUAUAUCAUACAAUAACUCUAGACUAAGUGUUUUUUCAAAUGAAUUUUUGUGUCUUAUUUUGACUAAACAUACGAAGUUCUUUGAGCCCCAAAGGGUGCUAGA